AGACUGUGAAACAGACUAACACCAAAUUAGUUUCAAAACUCGUGUCCUGUGUAUAAAGCGAGGUGUUGAAUGUGGCGCUUCGUGGCAGUGUGAUGGACAGGUGUGUGCGUGCGUGCGUGUGUGUGUCCUCCAGCCAUGCACAUGCCUUGUCCCCCUUCCCCAGUGCCUUGCCGCGAGUGACCGUACCCAGGAAACCAACCUGACAAAACAAACAGCAUGAAGGACUGACCGAGUGCCUACAGAGACUUUACAAACACUGCUAGUGACUGAUAAGGCUGACAUGCCACUUGCUACGUGCCUUAAAUAGUAACUUUCCUGUGGGACUUCCUCCCGUACAACCUGCCACGAUGUUUGGGUUAUAUGGCCUUCAGGCCCAACGGGCCAAAAUGAGCAGAACCGACCACGACAAGUACUCCUCAAAAGGGAAACUUAACAAGAAGCAACGGAAAAAGAUGUUGGAGCAACAGAGGAACCUGCGAGAUAGGCGGCGGCCGCCCUCUGUGGAGCUCAACGGGGCGGCGGGCCAGGAGGCAGCGCUCCACCAGUUCCCUGCCAGUUGUCAGCCGGCCGGCGUGCGGAGAGGAUCUUCCUGCCCCUCUCAGGCGUCCAGUGCUCCUAGUGAUUACCUUCAAGUGCCGCGGUCACGCUCCCCUUUCACUGCAUUUAGCUGCCACGGAACCCCACGACAGCCACGCCACUCCCCGGGGGGCGGGCAGCAGCGGCAGCAGGAGGGCGAGGGCGAGGCCGGCAUGGUCACGGCCAGCCUCGAGUCUCUCGCCCGACUAUUCUCUUGUGUCUCCGUCAGCAAAGCCCGCCAGCACCGCCGCGCCUGCAACCUUCACGACAUGCAAGGGUAUGUGUUGCUCUCCCUCUCUGCUGGGUUACCUGAGCAGCGGCUAUCCGAGGCAUCCAGGGCGGCAGGUGGGCAGACAGUGUGCAGUAAUUGCAAAGUGUAUACAUGUGUGGAGAUGAAUAUUCUAGGUUGAAGUGUUUAAUCUUAAAAUAUGUAACAGCUUAGUCUGGGAAGGUUGCCGGUAUCAUUAGUAUUUUUUGUUAUUACUCAAUUAUUUUCAUUAUAUGUUUUUGAAGGGAUAAAUGUCCUUUUAUAAAGUGAAAUACAUGGUCGCAUUACUCAUUGAUGGAGAGAAUGAAAGAGGCAGUAAAAGAAAGGAGAAGGAUGAGGAGAAGCGGGGCGCUGAACUGUGGGAUGAGGGAAGAAAGGAGACGGAGGAGGGAGGAGGGAGGGGGGGAGCCCGACCCAAGAUUCUCUUCGUGUUUGCAUCGAAUAAGCGCCUGUCUUUCGAAAACAUUGAAACCGCCAACUGGAGUCAACAGAAAACGACGCGGGACAUUAUUCGAUGUCAAGGGAAUCGAUUGAGGAAAGAAGUUUUAUGUCCCAAGUAUAUUUUAAGAGUUUCAAAAUAGCAACCCUUUGUCCCGCGUUUUUGCCUCCCUCACCUCAUCACCUUCGAAUUACUGAAGUGAAAAAACUCGGAAGGUCAAAGGAGAAAAGUUGACACGAGUCAAACACGGGGAAAUUGAAUAAAGCUCGUUUGUUUUAAAUAAAAAGAAGGUUGUUGCUUUGUUUGGAAUUAGUUUUCGAAUCCUGAACCUUUGAACUUUGCGGGCGGCGGCGAGGGAAUUCUGGAGAAUAACUCGAGGCAUCUCCAGCGGGCAGCGACGACGCUCUUUUUCCACUUGGCCCAAUCACAAAAGCCUCCCAGUUGACCGAAUUGCCAAUAUAGUCUCCUCUUUCUACGCCCUAAGCAAUUCCAAGAAAAGUCCUUUGCUCCGUAUCAACUUUGUGAGGGAAAAGGAAUAGGUUUCAGGGUGAAGAAGACGAAUAGAAUGUCUUAAGGUUGAUUUUCCUUGCCCACGAGAGCGUCCAUACCAGAAUGGACCGAGGAAACGGGGCCGUGGAGGCGAGUGGUGGAAUGAUAUCGGUAAUAAUUUCAUUUUACUAUUAUCUUCUUUGAUGAUAUUGUAGUUUCAAUGUCGUUUGGAGAUUUAAUGUUUAUGUCUGUCUGUCAAGCGGUAAAUAAAUGUAAUGUGUUAGAAGACAAAAUUGUGGACGAAAAAGGGAAAAGAUGGUUAUAAAUCUUGUGUGGAAAUGAAAUCUCUUCUUCUUGAUGUCCAAUAACUCGAGCGGUAAAUACAAUGACAGUCAUAAUAAUAAUCAAAUAAUA